AUGCCGUGUGUUUUCGCCGAUUCCAGCAGUUUCCUUGCCACCGGAACCGACCGUGCCAUAAUAACCUGGGCAGGUGAUGCAAUAGAACAUUUACUAUUUGGAUUUCGUUUACAGUAUUAUGGUGCAACACAACCAAAGUUCCAAAUUGAUGAUAUUGUUACUAAAACCAACAAUAUGAGGCGGUAUCGGAUAGUUCGUAUUGAUUAUCUCAAAAGUUUGUUUCAACCGGAAACUUAUCAAAAUGUGAAGAAUAUGUCGUCACUACAAAUCCGAAAAGAAAUCUUAUUGUCUUCAUUAGUCCUCGAUGAAGAAUUAGAGAAAUUUCAAGGAAAGCGAGUUUUCGAUCCCAACGACGAACAUAACUUGGCUUUAUCACCACCAUCAUCAGAUAAAAAUGAUUCGUCAAAGAAAUGA